CGACGUUAAGGACGUUAAAGCGACCGUUAAAACCCAAAGCAGCAAGCAUCUCUUCCUGCGUGACCCGGAUGUUAACCGAGUGGACACAUGCAACUGAUUUCUGGAGGCUUCUCUGCGGCUCCACGAUGAGUUGACAGGGGAGAAAAACCACUGAUAAAUCCGUUUGGAUUAAGAUGAGAGAAACCUGCCUGCCAGCAGCAGAGAGAAGUGAACCAGCCUUGGAGGACAGCUAACCCACGAAUGGCCUGCCAGUCUGUCGCUGCAGUCAUGGACGAGCAGGCCCUGCUGGGGCUCAACCCGAACGCCGACGCCCGCUACAGGCACAGGGCCAUGGCAUACUUUGAGCAGCUGAAGGAGUCUCAGGAUGCCUGGGAGGUUUGUGCCGAGGCCCUCGCUACAGGGAUUUACAAUGACGACCAUGUGAAGUUCUUCUGCUUCCAAGUUUUGGAGCAUCAGAUAAAGUUCAGACACGCUGGUCUGAGUGCCGGUCAGCAGCAGCUCAUCAGAGAGACUUUAAUGAAGUGGCUCCAGUGUCAGCUGAUGAACGCCCAGCCCGAGAAGCCGUUCAUCCGGAACAAGGCGGCCCAGGUGUUCGCCCUCACCUUCGUCAUGGAGUACCUGACUCUGUGGCCCAAGUUCUUCUUCGACAUCCUGUCCCUGGUGGGCCUGAACCCGCACGGCGUCGACGUCUACCUGCGGACGCUCAUGGCCAUCGACGCCGAGGUGGUGGACCGAGACAUCCUCCACUCGCCCGAGGAGAUGCGCAGGAACUCGUUAAUCAAAGACAGCAUGCGGGAGCAGUGCAUCCCCCACCUGGUGGAGUCGUGGUUCCAGAUCCUGCAGGCGUACCAGCGGUCCCACCCGGAGCUCACCUGCCAGUGUCUGGAGGUGGUGGGCCUGUUCGUGUCCUGGAUCGACCUGAACCUCAUCGCCAACGACCGGUUUGUGAACCUGCUGCUGAGUCAGAUGUCAGUGGAGGAGCUGAGAGAGGAGGCCUGCGACUGCCUGUUUGAAAUCAUCAACAAAGGGAUGGACCCCGUUGAUAAAACCAAGCUGGUGGAGUCUCUGUGCCAAGUUCUGCAGUCUGCUGGAUUCUUCAACGUGGAACAGGAAGAGGACGUGGACUUCCUGGCCAAGUUCUCUCGGCUGGUGAACGGGAUGGGCCAGAGUCUGGUGCUCAGCUGGACCAAACUGGCCAAGACGGGGAACGUGAAGGACACGGCGGAGACGCUGCAGGCCUUGGAGAGCAAAGUGCCGCUGCUGCUGCAGCUGCUGGUGCACGAGGACGACGACAUCUCGGCCAACAUCGUCGGCUUCUGCUACGAGUACCUGCACGUCCUCAAACAGCUUCCUCAACUGACAGACCAGCAGAAAACGAACAUUGAGGCGAUCAUGCUGGCUGUCAUGAAGAAACUGACCUAUGACGACGAGUACAACUUUGAAAACGAGGGCGAAGACGAGGCGAUGUUCGUGGAGUACAGGAAGCAGCUGAAGAUGCUGCUGGACCGUCUGGCUCAGGUGUGUCCCGAGCUGCUGCUGGAGGCUGUGCGACGAGUCUUCACCAACACGAUGCAGAAUUGGCAGACGGCUCAGUUCAUGGAGGUGGAGGUGGCCGUCCGGCUGCUGUACAUGUUGGGCGAAGCCCUGCCGGCGUCUCACGGCGCUCACUUCUCCGGGGACACAGCGAAGACGAGCGCCCUGCAGGACAUGAUGAGGACGCUGGUGUCGUGCGGAGUGAGCAGCUACCAGCACAGCUCCGUGUCUCUGGAGUUCUUUGAAACAGUUGUUCGAUACGAUAAGUUCUUCAUCGUGGAGCCUCAACACAUCCCCAAUGUUUUGAUGGCGUUUCUGGACCAAAGAGGACUGAGACACAACAGCCCAAAGGUCCGCAGCCGGGUGGCCUACCUCUUCUCCAGAUUCAUCAAGACUCUGCAUAAACACAUGAAUGCCUUUAUAGAGGACAUCCUGUCCAGGAUCCAGGACCUGCUGGAGCUCGCUCCUCCCGAUAACUGCUUCCUGGCGCUGCUGACCAGCGACGACCAGCUGUUCAUGUUCGAGACUGCGGGGGUCCUGAUCGUGAACGGCGAGAGUCCCGUGGAGAGGAAGCAGGCGCUGAUGCGGAGCCUGCUGCUGCCGCUGAUGGACGCCUUCCGCCUGCUGCUCGCCAAGCUGCUGCAGGAGACGGAGGACGAGAGGCAGGCGGCGCUCGCCGACUGCCUGAGCCACGCCGUCGGGUUCGCCAGUCGGACCAGCAAGGCGUUCAGCAACAAGCAGACGGUGAAGCAGUGCGGCUGCACCGAGGUCUACCGGGACUGUCUGCAGACCUUCCUGCCGGCGCUGAGCUGUCCCGUCCAGCGGGGGCCGCUGCGCAGCUCGGUCCGCUCCUUCCUGCACCGCAUGAUCAUCUGCAUGGAGGAGGAGGUGCUGCCCUUCGUCCCGGCCGCCUCCGAACACAUGCUGAAGGACUGCGAGGCCAAAGACCUGCAGGAGUUCAUCCCGCUCAUCAGCCAGAUCACCGCCAAGUUCAAGCGCCAGGUGUCUCCCUUCCUGCAGCAGGUCUUCAUGCCGCUGGUGCUCGCCAUCUUCGAGGCGUUGGCGCGGCCGGCUGAGGACAACGACCAGGCGGCCGCGCUGGAGAAACAGAUGCUGAGGCGGAGCUACUUCACCUUCAUCCAGACCAUCACAGGAAGUGGGAUGAACGAGGUGAUGGCCAAUCAGGGAGCUGAGAACAUCGAGCGCGUGGUGUUCACCAUCAUCCAGGGAGCCGUGGACUUCCCUGACCCCAUCGCUCAGAAGACCUGCUUCAUCAUUCUCUCCAAACUGGUGGAGUUGUGGGGAGGGAAAGACGGCAUGGUGGGUUUCCCCGACUUCAUCUACAAACACAUCGUUCCCGCCUGUUUCCUGGCUCCUCUCAAACCGACCUUUGACCUCUCCGACGCUCAGACGGUCCUGACGCUGUCAGAGUGUGCACUCACGCUGAAAAUGAUUCAUCUCAAAAGGGGCCCAGAGUUCAUCCAGUUCUUGCAGCAGGACUAUUUGCCCUCGCUGCAGGUUUCACCCGAAAUCUCACAGGAACUUUGUCAAGUGCUUCAGCAGCCGGAUGUCAAAGUCCUGAAAAACUACAUUAAGGCGUUCUUCCAGCGAGCCAAGCUGUAGGAAAUGAAAACUGGAAGUUCACUUUGGACACUUCACACAAAGUGGUCGUACACGCCACUUAACAACAAAUUAAAGGGACCUUAGCAUAGGAUCUGCUUUUGCACUUAAAAAAAAGUAAAAUG